GCAACGUCCUGCUUCGAGAUAUAUUCAGAGAAGAAUAUAUCUUAUUCAGACAAUCAGACGCGAUGGAUUUCUUCCCUGGCUGGUCCAAAUCUCUCCUAGGAAGCUGAGAUCUAGAAGAUGGAAACUCUUACAAUAAUGGAUCUUACGAAAGAAAAAAAAUAUUGACGCGGCCUUUCUCGUCCGAGGUAAUGAGCCGACAGUUCUCCAGGAGUCGAUGCAUAUCCUAGGGUCAAGUGAUACCAAUUACUAGGAGGAUAUCGCGGCGGAUCAAUUGGCGGCGUCGCCAAAGAGGCGGGAUGGAGCAGAUGGAACGAGACGACGAGGAUUUUGGCGAUGGCUACAUCGCAGAGUCGCACCCUCUGAGGCCGACGCAUCUCACGAUACCUCUCGGAGGCGAUUCUCGUGCACCCAGCAUCAGCAGCAGCGUCAGCGAUCUGAAUGUUCCGAUUUACACCAGGGAAACUACUAUACCGCUCUCAGCGAGAAAGGGUCUCAACGGACGAUUAGCGUUCGCUAUCGCUGCAGCCGCUCUCGGCUCAUCGUUCCAACAUGGGUACAACACCGGUGUGGUUAACGCGCCUCAACAGCUCAUCGAGGACUGGAUCAGCCAGCUGAAGAUGAACCGCACGGGCGUGCCUACGAGCCAGUCGGAAGUGACGAUGAUCUGGUCGGUGGCGGUAUCGAUCUUCUGCGUCGGCGGGAUGAUCGGGGGUUCCCUGGUAGGCUGGGUGGCGGAUCGCUUCGGCAGGAAGGGCGGUUUGCUCCUGAACAACAUCCUGGUAGUGCUCACCGUCAUCUUCGAGGGAUUCGCCAAGACGGCGAGGAGCUACGAGAUGAUCAUCGUCGGCAGAUUCCUCAUCGGUAUCAACUCCGGCCUGAACGCGGGUCUGGCGCCGAUGUAUCUGGCCGAGAUCUCACCCGUUCAUCUUCGCGGAGCCGUGGGAACGGUCUACCAGCUGGUCAUCACCAUCUCGAUCCUAGUGUCGCAGAUACUGGGCCUGGAACAGGUCCUCGGUACCAACGAUCAGUGGCCGUUGCUGCUGUGUCUGACAAUCGUGCCGGCAUUCUUCCAGAUUUGCACCCUACCGCUUUGUCCCGAAAGCCCCAAGUAUUUGUUACUCACCCGCGGCAAGGACACGGACGCGCAAAGAGCACUGGCCUGGCUACGUGGCACGCUCGAGGUUCACGAAGAGAUGGACGAAAUGCGUACAGAGUACGAGUCCGUGAAGCUGAUACCGAAGGUCACCGUGCGCGAGCUGUUCGUCAAUCCGGCGCUCCGCAUUCCGCUCUUCAUUUCCGUUAUGAUUAUGUUUGCUCAACAGUUAUCCGGCAUCAAUGCCGUCAUGUUCUUUUCGACGAAAAUUUUCACGAUGGCACAGCUGGAUAAGACUGCCGCGCAGAACGCGACCAUGGGAGUCGGCGCGAUGAAUGUCUUGAUGACCAUCAUCUCUUUAGUGUUGGUAGAGAAGGCAGGCAGGAAAACGUUGCUCCUGGUUGGAUUCGGCGGCAUGUUCCUGGACACUGCUCUGCUUGCCAUUUGUCUCGUAUUCGCUGAUACGUCGCGAGCGGCAGCAUACUUCUCAAUCGUGCUCGUCAUCAUGUUCGUCGUCUUGUUUGCAACUGGACCAGGAAGCAUCCCGUGGUUCUUGGUGUCCGAGUUGUUCAGUCAAUCCGCUCGUCCACCAGCCACCUCCAUUGCCAUCGCCGUAAACUGGACCGCAAACUUCAUCGUCAGUAUCGGCUUCCUGCCGCUGCAAGAAGCGUUAGGCGCUUACGUGUUUAUCAUCUUUGCUAUACUGCAAUUGUUCUUCACACUCUUCAUAUACAAGAAGGUGCCAGAGACGAAGAAUAAGACCAUGGAGGAGAUUAGCAGCAUGUUUAGGCAAAUAUCGUAUCAAUGAAGGAAAUGAAGUAAAAAAAAAGAUGGUUUCUGACAGAAAUCUGUAUCGACACGAAAUCUGAACAGCGAGUGCGUUCUCUUUCUCUAUCUCUAUCGAGGAACUCAGCGACUCGGCGAAAGUGGCACACAGUUUACUCUACUUACGGUCUAUCAAAAGCGCUUCCAACACUCUGUCCAACGCGCUAUAUAAAAGUUCUGUACUGGAUUCAUAUUCGACGUUGAACAUUUAUCGUACGCAGAAUUUGAAUGCUUGUUACGAUGUAUCUGACGUAACAUUAUCCGUGUAAUAGUGCCAAUUAUUGAGAGAAAUCCGAAAAUUUUAACUUUUUUUUACUAUUUAAUUAUUUAUCUCCUUUUAUUCUUAGUUGUUUGAUUCGGGAACUAUAUUGUACAAGAGCUUGGACUGAAAAUAUCUCAAGGGCAACGACGGGUCGUCGCGAGUCCUUUUAUAAGCGCGCCUGGUUUAUAAGUUCAUAAUCUUAGUUCCUAUAUACGUGUAUAUAUAUAUAUAUAUAUAUAUGUUGCAUCCAUACAGCGAGAAAAAGUUGUCGCAAAAAUAGCAAAUAAUCGAAAUGGCACAGUAUAAAGAACACGAUUCUUUCAUCAAGUCUUUUCGACCAUCGAUUUGUUUCUCACAUCAGAAACAACGAUAUAACAUACAAAGUCACGACACAACUCUAGUCAUGAAAAGACCUCUAGAUCAAGUGUAACGUUGGAAGAAUCUUUUGUGCUGACUUUUACUUUUAUUUUUGAAAACGUCCGAUUCAUUUUACAUCGACAGAUUUGUAUCGCUUUGCUAGACGAUUUUUUUAUACAGGAAAUAGCACGAGGUAGUAUAUCAUGUUUCAAAAAUAUCACAAUAACGAGUACAAUUGGAAUAUUUUUAUGAAAUAACGGUUUUAUAAUAGCGCGUGAAAAAAAAAGCUUGUGUUCCUAUUAUCGAUAUAAUUGCAUCGUGUUACUAUAGAAGAAAUUUAAAUAAUCAUUGAAAAAAAGGAAUUAUAUAACGUCGAUAUACAUUAUGCAACAAUGGAACGAUAUGACAAAAUAUAAUUUCAUAAAUAUAAAUGCAUUUGUGUUUUUGCAUCCUUGCAGAUGUAACGCGAAUAAAUAAAUUUAUAUUAUACAAGAAAGUUUUGUCGCGUGUUUCAUCGUACAAUGUGAUUAGAUUUUAUUCGUAAGCAAAGUGUGUAUAUUAACUGCUUUUUUUAGAAAAUCAUUUACAACAUAAAUUUGGAAAAUAUUUUACUACGUGAACCCGAAGCGCAAGUUUUAUUCGAAUGAGAACGAGAAGAAUGUGUUAAGAUACAAUUGUAAAUACAGGAAUAUAAAGACUAGUAUUGUAUAGCAUAGGGAAAAUAAUGUUAUAUUUAUGUAUAUGCACGUAGUGUUGAUUAACGUUUAAGAAGGAUAUAUCAAUGUUAUCAUAUAAAUAUAUAUAUUUUUAAAAUA